AAUCAAAAUUUUACUGUAAUUAAAAUCUACUUUGUAAUUUUUUUAUUUUUAUAUAUACUUUUGGUUUUGUUAUUGAUUUGAAUUCAGUGGAUAAUAUGAAUUACAAUGUCAUAGCUGCUGUUUCAAAGAAUGGAGGUAUUGGCUACAAGGGUGAUCUACCAUGGAGACUUAAAAAGGAAAUGGAAUAUUUCAAUCAAAUGACUACUCAGGUGAAUCAAUCAGGCAUUCAAAAUGCAGUCAUUAUGGGUCGUUGUACUUGGCAAUCAAUUCCAGAGAAAUAUAAACCACUCAAAGGACGUAAAAAUGUAGUAAUUUCUAAAACUUUAAACAGUGUACCAGAAGGUGUUUUACUGUAUUCAAAUCUAAAAGAAGCUUUAAAAUCAUUAUAUUUAAAUGAUCAUAUUGCAAAAAUUUGGGUAAUUGGUGGUUCAGGUUUAUACAAUGAAGCUAUUAAUGACAAUAAUUGUAAGAAAUUAUAUAUUACAAAAAUUGAUCAAGAAUACUUGUGUGAUACAUUUUUUCCCGAUUUUAAUCUUAAAGAAUUUGAAGAAAUAAAUGAAGCUGAUGUACCUAAAGGAAUUCAAGAAGAACAUGGUAUUAAAUAUGAAUUUAAAAUAUUCAAGAGGUUGUGAUUUUUAAAAUGUAUUACACAUAUAUUGUUAUAUUUAUAC